AUGAAUCCACCCUUUGGAAUGGAGUCCCUUUUAAAUGGAGAAGAAACAAUGGACGGUAUGAACAAUUUGAAAUUGUCACCAAGCCAAGAUACCAAAAUUAAAAAACCUGCAGCCAAAGUUAGUAAGGCGUGCGAUAACUGUAGGAAAAGAAAGAUAAAAUGUACAGGGAAAAUGCCAUGUCCUACAUGUGAAGCUUAUCAAUGUCCUUGUAUUUAUUCAGCUCCAAAACCAAGGAAGAAAAGAACAAGUAAGAGACAUAUAAGGUCUGGUGGUUCCGACUACCACGAUGAUAUAACGAGUAUAGAAAGUAAUAACAAUAGUGUCAGUCAGAUUUCCAAUAAUGAUAUUAAUAACCUGAACAACAUCAAUAACAAUAACAAUGUGAUAUCUAAUAGUAGUAAUGAAAAUUCACUACGAAACAUGGAAUCUAAUCAAACCCAGAAUAGAAAUCAGUGUUUCCCGGAGCUUGGGACAAUAAAGGCACCAUUUGCUGCUUUCGACGGUAACUUGCCAUUUAAACGUGGUCCAUCGUCUCCAGAGAAUAGUAGCAAGAACGAUUGUAAGGAAGUGGCUCCUAUAAUACAGGGGGAUAAUGGAUUCUACCAAGAUGAUGAAGUAUUACAAGAAGAACUUUCGAUUUUACAAACAAUGGUACGGCAGUUAGAAAAAUUACAUAAGUCCGAUUCACAUCGAAAUAAUACCAUUGCAAAUAUUAAGCUACAGAUUAACGAUCUAAUUGAUAGUUGGACGCCAGAUGUAGAUUUUACGAGAUUAAGUGAUGUUCCUGAAGAUGAUAUUUUGUCAUUAGAAUCACAUUUAAUGAAAAACAAAUAUACUGAACAAGUAUGCAUUACGAAUUUCUCGAUUUGGUCAAAUGGUAAAAGAAAUGCUGAUGAUAAUACCCCUCUGAAUCCAACAAGGCAACCAUUAAUCGAUGAUUUUUUUGGAUUGUACUCCGCUUUUCAAGCAUUCUCUCUUCAAGGUAUAGGUUAUAGCUUCCAAAAAUUCUUCGUACAUGACACAUCAAACCCUUUGAUAUCUAAACAUAUAAAGGCUACUCUUUAUAUUUUAUUGAGGUUUUUCGAUAUGUGUUUUCAACAUCUGAAUGAUGGUUGUGUAUCAAUUGCAAAUCCAUUAGAGAAUUAUUUACGAAGGAAGAAUUUAAUGGCUCCAACUCCAACUCCAACUCCUUCGGGAAAUUCAUCUGUCUCUGUUGGUAGCCCGAAUACAGCCAAUGAGAAAUCCUUAGUCGUGCUAUUGAUCAACAGGUUCCCUCAGCCAUUCAUUGAGAACUUGACUAAAAUUACAAUCAAACAAUUAAUGGAAACUGUUGAUAAAGAUUUCGAAAUGUUUAAAUUGGUCUUAGAUAUGUUUGAAGCUCAUCGUUCCGGAUUUGAAUCGUUUAUGGUAAAUGAAGCGCCCAAAAAGGUUAAAGACAAUGGUGCAUAUGAAUUGACCACAGAAUUAAUUGAAACAUUCCAUCGUUUUUGUGAAUCAGAAGAAUUGAUUUUGGCCUUGACUUACAGUUAUUAUAACUCGACGUUAUACCGUCAAAUAGAAAAUAAUGAUGGUUUAGAGUAUCUAGAAAUACUAGUUUCAUUAUUAGGGCAUCAAUUAUGGUGUGAAGAAUUUUAUGGGUUCCAAAAAGUAUUAUCGGUGGCAUUAAAUCAAGCAGUGAAAAUGGGACUUCAAAGGUGGGAAUUUUAUAUUGGCCUUGAUGAACAAACUGCUCUUAGGAGAAGAAAAGUGUGGUGGAAACUUUAUUCUUUUGAAAAAGUUUUCAUAUCCAAAAUGGGUUGUCAACCGACUAUAGAUGAUAGUAAAAUGAAUUGUCUUUUACCAAAAUCCUUUAUAAGUGCAGGGUUCUUAACUAAUGCUGAUUUUAUAUGCAAGAUAAAUAAGGUUUCGAAGCCGGACCAUUUUGAUAGUAUGCCGAUCUCUGAUCUGGCCGAGUACGGUACAUAUGCAGUCCUUCAGGUUGUGAGUGUUUUCUUUUCAGAUGUUCUUUAUAAUGAACGUUAUACGUCAAUAAGAAACGUUGCCAAACCACCAUCAAUUAAAACACAUUAUCUAUCCGAGAUUUCCAACGAACUUAUAUCUUUCAAGGAGAGAAUGGAAGGUGUAAGGAGACAUACUUCAUUACUAUUUGAUAUUACAAAUUCAGUAAUUAAUACUAGUCCAGCUACGAACACACCCCUUUCGAAAGAAGAUAAAAAUCAUGCACGUAACUACGUUCUAUGUUUUGAAUACCAUAGCGGCCGUGUUCUAGCAGCAGUUGAUAAUUUAAUAUCAAGAUUGAACCUUCCUCGUGAUCUUGACGUGGUGCAAAAAGCUAGCAUUAGUUUACAAGAAGACAUUUAUGCGUCGUGGACCAGCAUCACUUCUGUUAUUCUGAAGUUAGAAGAUAGUUACUCGGUAUGCCAGGCUUUUAAGUUCUAUGGUGCGACAUGUAUCUGUCUAUUGACUUCUAGACAUUACUAUGAUUCACUCAUUCGCUUGGAUGAUCUAUUUAGCAUUGUUCGUAUUUUCAAAGAAUGCCAAGGGUUCGGACUGGGAGCACGCCGUGGUAACUGCACUUUAUUGGAGGAUAAUAGAUUGGUCAAAUCAUAUAGAAAAUCGUCAGCCCUUUGUGCAAUUUUAUGUCGUAUUAUGCUAUUGAGGUAUAUGACAAAAAAAAGGAUUUGCAUUUCUGAUCUAUUAAAACUAUUUGAGGAGAAGGCACCUGAUUUGGCAAUGUUUCCUGAAGUUAUUUUAGAUACAAGAUCAGAAAUUUAUCAAAAUUUACUAGAGCCUGUCCUUGCUUCGGGUUUUCAUUUAAAUAUCAAUAAAAUGCUCGAGAAUAAUCCUAUUCUAGACUAUGGAAAGUGUAAACAAGAUAGCGCACAAUCUAUAUCUCCGAAUAUGAACUGUGGAGACAACGCCUUUGGAAAAACGGUGGUACAGGUGCCUAUGGUUUCCAAUAUUCCUAAUGGACCAUUGUCAGGAAAUUCUGAAUCCUAUCGUUCGUCAGUUACAUCUAUUCGCGACUACCCGUCAUUUCCAUCAUUAAAAUCGGAUGGAACAUAUACACCAACAUAUAGUCCAUUGGCACCAUACCUUAAGCAAGGUACACCUCAAUUACCUGAAAUUGAAGGUCAAGUGAAACCGCAACCUCAAGAUCAACUUCCAUUAUCAGACCACACUAAUAUUCCAAAUAUAAUCAAUCUACCUGAAAUACCCGGUGGUUAUAAUUUAGGGACAUUGGAUGAAUUCGUUAAUAACACAGACCUAUCUGAUUUGUAUAAUGUUCUGUGGAGUGAUUUAUAUUCGGAUGCUGUCCUAUAA